AUGUUAUUGACUUGUUAUUUGAUGAUGUGGUGCAAGUGUGAUGGUGUAGAAUUCUUCCUGGUGCAGCUUUCUACUGAAUCUUUAUCUGAGUUUGUAUUUGUAAAAUGUCGCGACAAAGUCCUAUUGGCUUUUCUUGAGAUCGGGCCUUGGUUACUUAUCUCUGAUCAUCAGACAGGUGAUGUAGAGUUAACGAACAUGCAGUUGAGGCCAGAGGCACUUAAUGCCUUGAAGUUGCCCAUUAAAGUUAAGGCAGGAUUUCUCGGGUCAGUGAAGCUUAAGGUUCCCUGGAGCAGAUUAGGUCAGGAGCCUGUUCUAGUUUAUCUUGAUCGUAUUUUUGUUUUAGCUGAAACUGCAACCCAAGUCGAGGGAUGUAGUGAAGAUGCUAUACAAGAGGCUAAGAAGAUUAGAGUGAGGGAAUUGGAAACAAAGCUACUAGAGAGUCAGCAGCAGCUGAAAUCUGAAAUGAGCUCAUCAUGGCUUGGAUCAUUUAUUAACACAAUAAUCGGAAAUCUGAAGCUGUCGAUCACUAAUAUCCAUAUAAGAUAUGAAGAUACAGAGAGCAAUCUUGGCCACCCAUUUGCAGCUGGUUUGACACUUGGAAAGCUUUCGGCAGUAACAGUUGAUGAUUUUGGAAAGGAAACAUUUGCAACAGGGGGAGCUUUAGACCGAAUCAGGAAGUCUGUGGAACUUGUGCGUCUUGCUUUAUAUUUUGAUUCUGAUAGCAGUCCAUGGACUGUGGACAAACACUGGGAGGAUUUGCUUCCUUCAGAGUGGAGCCAGAUUUUUGAACUUCCAAAAGAGGAUGGUACAUGUUUGAGUUCUCCUUCAAAAGAACACUGUUACGAACAUUGUUACAUCCUACAACCAGUGACAGGCAACGGAAAGUACACAAAGUUGCGGCUAGAUGAAUCCAAAAAUACGGGACAGGCACUGCAGAAAGCAGCAGUUGAUUUGGAUGAUGUUACGUUAUCUUUAUCCAAGGAUGGGUACAGGGAUAUAUUGAAGAUGGCGGAUAACUUUUCUGCAUUUAAUCAACGUCUGAAGUAUGCUCAUUAUCGUCCAUCUGUACCAAUAAAGUCCGAUCCAAGAGCUUGGUGGAAGUAUGCGUACAAAGUGGUAAUUGAUGAAUUGAAGAAGGCGAGUGGGAAGCUAUCAUGGGAACAAGUGUUAAAACAUGCAACGCUUCGUAAGAAGUACGUAUCUCUAUAUGCAUCUCUCCUGAAAUCUGACGUCAACCGUCAGGUGGUGGAUGACAAUAAGGAGAUUGAGAAUCUUGAUCGUCAGCUUGAUAUUGAAGUUAUUCUACAAUGGAGGAUGUUAGCACACAAGUUUGUAGAGCAGUCACUACAAUCUGAUGUAAAUACUAACAAGCAAAAUGUUAGGCGCUCUUGGUGGUCAUUUGGACGGACUGGGCCUGCCAAGGAUGAAACUGACUUCAAGGGUUUCACUGAAGAAGAUUGGGAACGACUUAAUAAGAUCAUUGGCUACAAGGAAAACUCUGAUGAAUACCUAUUGAGUGUCCAAGAUAAGGAGUUACUUCAAUUUUCUUUAGAAGUACAUAUGAAACAUAACGCAUCUAAGCUCAUUAUUGAGGGUCAGGAGUGCCUUGCUGACUUAUCCUGCGAAGGGUUUUUAUGUAACAUGAGAACUUAUGCUGAGACCAAAAUAUUUGACUUGAAGUUGGGUUCGUACCGCUUGUCUUCCCCGUAUGGUCUUCUUGCUGAGAGUGCCACUGCUGCUGACUCUUUUGUUGGUAUCUUUUCGUACAAGCCUUUCGAUGCUCCAGUAGAUUGGAGUUUAGCCGCUAAAGCUUCUCCAUGUUAUGUGACUUAUCUGAAGGAAUCGAUUGAUCAAAUUGUUGCUUUUUUCAAAAGCAGCUCUGCUAUUAGUCAAAAUCUAGCUUUGGAGACUGCAGCUGCUUUGCAGAUGACAAUCGAUGGAGUCAAGCGCACUGCGCAAGAGCAAGUGACGAGGGCAUUAAGGGAAAAGUCGAGGUUUACUCUGGACCUUGAUAUAGCUGCUCCCAAGAUUACCAUACCCACCAAAUUUUGCCCAGAUGAUGUGCACGAAACGAGGCUUUUGCUUGACUUAGGAAAUUUAAUGCUCCGAACACAGGAUUUGUGGGACUCUGAACAUUCGCAGGAGAAAGAUAUGUAUUUGCAGUUUAAUUUGGUACUGAGUGAUGUAUCAGCAUUUCUGGUCGAUGGUGAUUACCAUUGGAGCGAAUCACAUGUCCAGAUGAUUUCUAAUCAAUCACGCAAUAGCUUUUUUUUACCAGUUAUCGAUAAGUGUGGGAUUGUCGUAAAACUACAGCAGAUUCAAUUGGAAAACCCUUUCUAUCCAUCAACAAGGGUUGCCAUACGGCUGCCUUCGCUGGGAUUUCAUUUCUCUCCUGCUCGCUACCACCGAUUAAUGCAAGUUGUAAAGGUCUUUCAGGUCGAAGAUAGCACUAGUCAGGAUACGGUGAACUUAUGGAAUCAGGCUGAUUUUAAAGGAUGGUUGUCUGUUCUCACGUGGAAGGGUGUAGGAAACAGGGAAGCUGUUUGGCAACGCAGAUACCUUUAUCUUGUAGGGCCAUAUCUAUAUGUACUGGACAAUCCUACAUCUACAACAUACAAACACUAUCUCAGUUUGCGAGGGAAGCAAGUUCAUCAAGUCCCUGCUGAACUCACAGGUGGUCUGCAAAAUAUCCUGGCGUUGCUUGACUCUGGACAGUAUAAUCCCAAGGUACUGGAAGAUGGAAGUGCAUUGAUUUUACUAUGUGAUAAUGAUGAAAUACGGAAAACAUGGUACAAUCGCCUACAAGGAGCUAUAUAUCGUGCAUCGGGAUCUGCUGCUGUAUCCAGUCUUUCCGAAAUCUCUUCUCCAACAGAUAAUUCAGAGGACAAGUCCUUCAAAGAAAGAACUGUGUUGGAUGUUGUCAACAUGGAAAAAUUGUUUUUAGUUGGUGCUCUUGAUGAACUGAAAAUUCGUUUUAGCUGUAGCUAUCAAAGCAAUCAAACCUUCAAGAAGAUGCUGCUUAGCAAAGAGAGUAGUUUGUUUGAGUUUCGAGCAGUUGGUGGCCAGGUAGAACUUUCAAUGAAGGCGAGUGAUAUUUUUAUUGGAACUAUUCUUAGAUCACUGGAAAUUGAAGACCAAUACUGCUAUAAUGGAACAGUCACGCCCCGAUACCUGGCAAGAUCAUUUAUUGACAGUACGGAAGCUACCACCUUGCAUAACACAUCAUCCCCCAUUACCAGUGAGCAAAAUAGUUAUAAUGCCAAUACACUAAAGAAAACUGAUAGUGAAGAGAGCUUUUUUGAAGCAUCGGAUGAUUUUUAUGACCCUGCUGAAAAUCCUGUUCAACACCAGAGUAGUACAUCAGAGUUUUUCAGUGCUCAGGGCUCUUUGCCUCCACGGAUGCUUUCCUUGAAGCCUCCUAGUUUUAGUAGAGUCCCUGGAUUAAUACCAGAUGUGGAACAUCAAAACAGAAGCUUGAAGGUGGAGACAGAUGAUACUUUGCAUAGUUUUGUGAAAGCUCAGAUUGUGAUAUAUGAUCAGAAUUCUCCCCAGUAUAACAAUUUAGACACCAGAGUAAUUGUUACCCUUGCUACGUUGACAUUCUUUUGUCAUCGACCAACUAUUCUUGCAAUCAUCGAGUUUUCCAAUGCUAUCAACUUUGUUGAUGAGAAGGAUGCUGAUAAAUCUAUGAAGGAACCAUCUGAUUCUGGAACAAGUGAUGGGCAAGUCGAAGAGCCCAAUUCAGCAGUCACACAAAAUCUGGCUAUUAAAGGGCCGGCUAUUAAAGGGUUGCUUGGUAAAGGGAAAAGCAGAGUAAUAUUUCAUCUCACACUGAAUAUGGCUAAGGCUCAAAUUUUGUUAAUGAUUGAGAAUGGGGAGUCACUUGCCACUCUAUCACAAAAUAACCUUCAGACUGAUAUAAAGGUGUUCCCAUCUUCAUUCAGUAUAAAAGCUGCACUUGGAAACCUGAAAAUUAGUGAUGACAGUCUUCCGAGCGAUCACCCAUACUUUUGGGUUUGCGAUAUGCGGAAUCCAGGUGGUAGUUCCUUCGUGGAGAUUGAUUUCAGUUCAUUCAGUGUGGAUGAUGAUGACUAUUGUGGUUAUGACUAUGGUCUGAUAGGACAGCUUUCAGAAGUACGGAUUGUCUAUUUGAACCGUUUCGUGGAAGAGAUUGUCAGUUACUUUAUGGGCCUUGUGCCUAGAAAUGCAGAGAGUGUUGUCAAGCUGAAAGAUCAGGUAACUAACUCGGAGAUGUGGGUUAGUAACACUGAUAUUGAAGGAUCACCUGCUCUUAAACUGGAUCUUUCUCUUAGUAGGCCAGUAAUUCUUAUGCCCCGGAGAACAGACAGUCUAGACUACUUGGAGCUUGAUGUACUGCACAUAACUGUAGAAAAUACAUUUCAAUGGCUUGGUGGGAGUAAGAAUGAUAUGAAUGCUGUCCACCUUGAAAUAAUGACAAUCAAGGUUAAGGAUAUCAACUUGACUGUUGGCAUUGGUGCUGUCUCUGGUGAGAGUAUCAUUCAAGAUGUCAAAGGAUUCUCUUUUAUUGUACACCGAUCACUGCGUGAUUUGCUGCAUCAAGUGCCGUCAAUUCAGUUGUCUGUUAAGCUUGAAGCCCUAAAAGCAGCUCUAUCCAAUCGGGAGUAUGAAAUUAUAACUGAAUGUGCAUUAUCCAACUUCUCUGAGACGCCACAUGUUGUGCCUACUCUGGAUAAAGAAGCUGGAACUUCCACAGAUGGUGUUACUGGAGUUCCAUCUUCUGUUUCUUCAGAUACUGCUGUCUCUGACCUUCAUGUUUCAGAAACAUGGAUAACAACGAAGAUAUCUGUUGCCAUAGACCUUGUUGAGCUUUCUCUGCAUUCAGGGCUUACUAGAGAUUCAUCUCUAGCUACAGUGCAGGCAAGUGGAGCAUGGCUUCUGUACAAAUCUAAUACACGGGAAGAGGGGUUUCUUUUUGCAACUCUUAAAGGUUUUUCCGUCUUUGAUGACCGUGAAGGAACCAAAGAACAGUUCAGGCUUGCAAUAGGAAAGUCUGCCACAAUCAGAGACACAUCAUCUCGUGAUGAUUGUGACAGCUAUAUUGGAGCAUUAAUUAGUUCAAAGGAAGGAGAGACUCAAAAGGAACUUGAUCAUGAGCCAACUCCUUCAAUGCUUAUUCUUGAUGCCACAUUUAGGAAGUCUUCAACAAAUGUAUCUAUAUGUUUUCAAAGGCCAAGGUUUCUUGUGGCUCUUGACUUUUUGCUGGCUAUUGCAGAGUUUUUUGUUCCAUCUGUCCGCAGCAUGCUAUUAAGUGAUGACGAUAAAGACACUUCUCAUAUGGUUUCCGCGAUAGUAUUUGAUGAUCAGAUUUAUUCUCCAGCUUCUUCGAUAUUUUCCAUCUCGCCUCAAAAGCCUCUGAUUGUUGACGAUGAAAGGUUUGAUCAUUUCAUAUAUGAUGGGAAGGGUGGUAAACUAUAUUUGGAGGAUAGAGAUGGUAAAAUCCUACGUAGGCCUACCCAUGAAACCAUUAUUUAUGUGGCGAAUGGCAAGAGACUGCAAUUCAAGAAUGUCACCAUAGUGAAUGGAGAGUAUUUGGAUUCUUGUAUAUCUCUUGGGAUAGAUAGCAGCUAUUCUACUUCAGAAGAUGACAAUGUUUACCUAGCAAGAGAAAAUAAUGGUGUACGAUCGAAUUCUGACGAGGAAAAGGAAAUGAGCAAUGUUGCCCCAAAAGUGGAUGAUCAUGGAUCAACAGAGUUUAUGAUGGAGUUGCAGGCUAUUGGACCAGAACUAACAUUUUACAGCACGUCAAAGAAUGUCGGUGGACCAUUUACACUAUCACCGAAAGUCAUGCAUGCUCAGUUGGAUGUUUUUUGUAGACUUGUACUGAAAGGUGACAGUUUGGAAAUGAGUGGAAAUCUACUCGGAUUGAAGGUUGAAAGUAAUGGCUUCAGGGUUUUAGAGCCUUUUGACACUGUUGUGAAAUAUUCAAAUGUCUCUGGCAGAACAAAUAUGCAUCUUAUUGUUUCUCAAAUAUAUAUGAAUUUCUCCUUCAGUAUCCUGAGACUGUUCUUAGCUGUUGAGGAAGAGAUUUUGGCAUUUCUCAGAAUUUCAUCCAAGAAAGUAUCAGUGAUCUGCUCCCAGUUUGACAAAGUUGGUACAAUGCAAAGCCAUGGGAAUGACCAAACAUGUGCAUUUUGGCGACCACGUGCACCAUCUGGAUUUGCCAUUCUUGGAGACUGUUUGACACCACUGAAUGAACCUCCCUCAAAGGGAGUUCUUGCUGUGAACACUAGUCUUGUUAGAGUCAAGAGGCCUGUGUCGUACAAACUAAUUUGGCAGGCUAGUCAUCUGAAAACUGAAAAAGGCCAGCAUGAAUGGAUAUGUAUUCCAAAUGGUGAUAGAGGAGAAGAGAACGGUGGUUGCUCCAUUUGGUUUCCUAUAGCGCCAAGAGGCUAUGUGGCAGUGGGCUGUGUUGUUUCAGCAGGAAGUGCAGAGCCACCUUUGUCCUCUGCAUUGUGUAUAAUGGCUUCCUUGGUUUCUUCCUGUACUUUAAAGGACUGCAUUGCUCUUCGGUCAAGCGAAUCGACUAGUGUUGAUAUGGCAUUCUGGCGUGCGGACAAUACUUUUGGAUCCUUUUUGCCUGCAGAUCCUGGUAACAUGAGUUUGAUUGGUAAACCAUACGACCUUCGUCAUAUGAUUUUUGGGAAUCAAGAGUCAUCUGUUAAAUCUUCUAAAAGUUCCAGUGUCCAAGAUGCUUCUCAAUAUGUAAAUCAUACACCUCAACUUGAAAGAUCUUCAAUGGUGGCCUCUGGUCGGUUGUUUGAGGCUACAGCAAAUUUUAAAUUAAUUUGGUGGAAUAAUGGGACUAACUCUAGAAAGAAACUCUCAAUUUGGCGUCCAAUGAUCCCACAUGGGAUGGUCUUUCUUGGUGACAUUGCUGUUGAUGGGUAUGAGCCCCCAAAUUCAGCUAUAGUUCUCCGUGAUACUGGGGAUGAAACUUUACUAAAAGCUACUCAAGAUUUCGAACUUGCUGGCCACAUCAAGAGGCAAAGAGGUGUUGAAGGUAUAUCUUUCUGGUAUCCUCAAGCACCUCCUGGAUUUGUUGCUUUGGGAUGUAUCGCCUCAAAAGGCGUGCCGAAGGAAGACAUUGACCAAUUAAGGUGUAUUAGAAGUGACAUGGUAACAGGUGAUCAAUUUCCUGAACAAAGCAUAUGGGAUUCGUCUGACAGUAGAGUAUCAGGAUCAUUUAGCUUGUGGGGUGUUGGAAAUGACCUCGGCACAUUUCUCGUUAGAAGUGGAUUUAGAAAGCCUCCGAGGAGAUUUGCAUUAAAGCUUGCCUAUCCAACAAUUUCCGGUGGUUCAGAUACCACCGUGAUUGAUGCAGAAAUUAAGGCCUUUUCUGCUGUAGCUUUUGAUGAUUAUGGAGGACUGAUGGUUCCAUUAUUUGGCUCUUCUUUUGAUAAUGUUUCAUUUAGCCUACAUGGAAGGCCUGAUUACUUAAAUGCGGCUGUGAGUUUCUUGUUUGCUGCAAGAUCAUUCAAUGACAAAUAUGAUGCAUGGGAGCCCCUCAUUGAACCAAUGGAUGGAUUUGUAAGGUAUCAAUAUGAUACGAAUAUACCGAGUGCUUGUAGCCAGAUUCGUAUUACUUCUACUCGGGAUCUGAACUUGAAUGUAUCUGUGUCCAAUAUCAACACGAUUUUCCAAGCUUACUCUAGCUGGAAUAAUUUUAGUCAUAUUGAUGAGUCAUACAAGAAAAGGGAAGCAGUUUCUCCACCUCACAGUGAGAGGUCGAUUAUGGAUUUACAUCACAGGAAAAAUCAUUACAUUAUUCCACAGAAUAAGCUUGGUCAAGACAUAUACAUACGAACUUCAGAAUUUAGGAGAGUUUCAAAUGUUAUCAAAAUGCCAUCAGGAGGUGACAAACCUGUAAAAGUUCCAGUUUCGAAGAAUCUGUUGGAUGCCCAUUUAAAAGGGAAGCAUGAAAGAGAAUUUCGGUCAAUGGUGACUAUCAUUAUUGGUGAUUCUGAGUUAAAAGUAGCUAACGGAUUAGACACAAGCCAAUACAUGGUGGCAAUUCGGCUUUUCUCAAACCGUCCUGCUGAGUCCCCCCUCCAGCAACAAAGUGGCCGUACAUGUGCCUUUGCUGCGAAGUAUUUGUCACCUGGAAUUGCCUUGGUCAAUUGGAGCGAAAUGUUCUUCUUCAAAGUGGAUUCAGUGGAUGACUUUGUUUUGGAGAUUGUUGUAAUUGAUUUGGGGAGAGGUGAUCCUGUAGGUAUCCAUUCUUCUCCUUUGAAGCUGUUAGCCUAUAUGGUGCCUCCCAACGUAGAUUUUCACAGCACCCAAUUUGACUUGACCUGGAGAGAACUUGUGUCACCGAAGUCGACUAAACAUGGAACUAAUGGUAGUGAGGAAUCCCAAGGAAGAAUAAGAUGUGCAGUACUCCUUUCAGGCAAACAGGAAAUUACAAAAGAUAAAGAGGAUAAUAGUACCAGCAGCAGGGCUGGAUAUAUUCAGAUAAGUCCUACCAGAGAUGGGCCAUGGACUACUGUGCGGCUAAAUUAUGCAGCACCAGCCGCGUGUUGGAGGUUUGGCACUGAUGUCAUUGCCAGCGAAGUUUCCUUGGAAGAUGGUAACACAUAUGUGAAUAUUCGCUCUCUUGUGUCCGUUACUAACAAUACGGAUAUUGUUAUUGAGCUGCGUCUUAAAGGAAAAUGUCAUACCGAAAGUUCGCGACAAGUUAAUGGAAAACAGAUUGUAUAUGCUGAAAGUGAUGAUACCAGAAUCGAAACAGAUGAGUUCUUUGAAACAGAGAUCUAUAUUCCAUCAAGUGGAUGGGUUGCCUGUCCUUCAGGCAUACCAUCAGACAAUCAACUGAAAGAGUUGCAUAAAGAUUCCGAACAUCAAGUAGCUGAAAAGGUUUGGAGACUGAAUAUUCAUGAGCCAAUUAUAUGGGCUCUGGUUGACUUCUAUAAUAACCUUCGUAUUGGCAGUAAUCCCAGCAGUUCAAGUGUCGCAGAAGUGGAUCCAGAAAUUCAAAUAGAGCUGAUAGAUAUUUCUGAGAUAAGGCUGAAGAUAUCACUGGAGACUGCGCCAACUCAAAGACCGCAGGGUGUCCUUGGCGUUUGGAGCCCUAUAUUGUCUGCUAUUGGCAGUGCCUUCAAAAUUCAGGUGCAUCUUAGAAAGGUGAUGCACAGGAAUAAGUUCAUGAAGAAAAGCUCCAUCAUUCCUGCUAUUAUGAACCGUGUCAAGAGAGACCUUGUACACAAUCCUUUGCAUCUUAUAUUUUCUGUGGACGUGCUUAGCAUGACAAAAUCAACUCUAUCAUCUCUUAGCAAAGGAUUUGCAGAACUUUCAACAGAUGGACAAUUUCUUCAAUUGCGGUCAAAACAGGUAUGGUCAAGGAGAAUUAGCGGUGUAGGAGAUGGGAUAAUUCAAGGAUCAGAAGCUUUUGCUCAAAGUGUGGCCUUUGGUGUAUCUGGUGUCUUGACAAAGCCUGUUGAGAGUGCUAGACAGCACGGUCUCCUUGGGUUUGCUCAUGGACUUGGGCGCGCUUUCCUAGGGUUUGUUGUUCAGCCUUUAAGUGGUGCUUUGGAUUUUGUUUCUUUAACUGUAGACGGAAUUGGCGCCAGCUUUGUCAGAUGCUUCGAGAUAUUGAAUAAUAAGUCGGUAGCCCAAAGGAUUAGAAACCCACGUGCUAUUCAUGCAGAUGGUAUUAUUAGAGAGUAUAAUAAAAGUGAAGCUGACGGACAGAUGGUCCUUUAUUUGGCUGAAGCUAGUGGUCAUCUUGGUUGUACUGAACUAUUCAAGGAACCUUCCAAGUAUGCUUGGUCCGAUUACUAUGAGGACCAUUUCUUGGUGCCACGCCAGAAGAUUGUUCUAGUAACACACAAACGUGUCAUGCUGCUUCAGUGUUCUGAUCAAGAUAAAAUCGACAAAAAACCUUCCAAGAUUAUCUGGGACGUACCUUGGGAAGAACUCCUGGCACUGGAAUUGGCGAAAGUCAGAAACCCCAGACCUUCUCACUUGAUUAUUCAUCUCAAGAACUUUAGGAGGUCGGAAAGCUUUGUACGACUUAUCAAGUGCAACACUGAUGAAGAUGAGGAUAAUGAGCCUCAGGCUGUUAGGAUUUGUUCCUCUGUUCGAAAAACGUGGAAAGUGAGCCAAACUGACAAGAGGAUCAUAGCUUUGAAGGUCCCUUCAAAACAGCGCUAUGUGCACUUAGCUUGGGAUGAUAUAGAUGGCAGAGGAUCACAUAGCCUUGUGAAGCCUAUGAUAAGACCAAGAGGAAGUUCAAACUCUGGUGACAAAAGAUUUAUAAAGCACACAGUCAAUUUUCAGAAAGUUUGGACCAGUGAACGAGAAGGUGGAGGUCGAUGUACAUUAUUUGCAAAGCAGGUCGCAGAUGAUGGCUCAAUAUGCGGCAUCUGGAGGCCUCUCUGUCCUGAUGGGUAUGUUUCAGUUGGAGAUGUUGCACGUGUGGGCACCCAUCCACCACAUGUGGCUGCCAUCUACAGAAAUUCUGACGGAAACUUUGCACUGCCUAUUGGCUAUGACCUGGUUUGGAGGAACUGUGCCGAGGACUACAGCACCCCAGUUUCAAUUUGGCUUCCAAGGCCGUCAGACGGAUACGUCGCAGUUGGAUGUGUGGCCAUGGGUGCUUAUCAGGAGCCACCGCUCGAGCUCGCAUACUGCGUGAGUGAAAGGAUAGUUGAGGACACACAAUUUGAGGAGCAGAUGGUUUGGACCGCGCCGGACGCCUACCCAUGGGCUUGUUACGUGUAUCAGCUGCAAAGCGAGGCUCUUCAGUUCAUUGCCCUGCGACGCCCCAAGGAAGAAUGCGAGUGGAGACCCAUGAGGGUUUCUGAUUCUCAUGUUCCCCAAUUAUCGGAAGGACCUUCGGAUAGCAAAUGAGCAUCUUGUAUUGGCAGAAACUGUAUAGAAUGGCUUUACUUAGUGGAAGCAUUGGUUUGUAAAUUUCUGAGGCUUCUAUUUCUUGUAGUUGUAGGUGGUCGUGGGGUAGGCGUCUAUAUUACCUUUAUUUCUUGAAGGUUAAUAUGAAUAGAAAGUGCUAUAACUAUGUUGGCGGUGGGUCCGCCUACAAAAAUCAUUUUGUCAAACAGGAUUUAAAAAGUCAGUUUAUAGGAUAAAUUAAAGAUUUUUA